GUGUAGAGCUGCUCGCAGUACAGCAACGCAGGCUGAGCCAGCUGCUGUAUGUCCUUUGCUGACAUGGAUACUACCCCUGGCGACUGUUGAAACUAUCCUCCAUCUAGCUGGGGAGCCGAAACUAAGGACGCGAACAGGACCUAUAACUUAAUGAAUGGGUGCUCUCGUGUGAAAGCAAUUGUUUAGCCAUGUCCAAAAACCUGAAAAAGAAAAACCAUUGGACCAACAAAGUCCACGAGAGUGUUUUUUGCAGGAAUAAAGAAGGAGAGCUCGGGUUCGAGUUGAAAGGAGGCGCGGAGAAUGGACAGUUUGCCUACAUCGGUGAGGUUACACCAGGCAAGGUGGUCUACCAGAGCGGCAAACUGUCCCAAGACGAACUACUCCUUGAGGUCAAUGAUACGCCUGUGGCCGGAUUGACCAUUAGGGACGUCCACGCAGUGGUCAAACACUGUAAAGACCCCUUUCGCCUAAAGUGUGUCAAACAAGGGGGUGUUAUAGACAAGGACCUGCGCCACUACCUCAAUCUGCGCUUUCAGAAGGGCUCAGUGGACCACGAGCUCCAACAGAUCAUCCGGGACAACCUCUACCUCCGCACCGUCCCCUGUGGAGGAUGCUGUGUGACGAGGGCUUGGCUUCCCCCACUCUAUCAUCAGCAUCUGGACCACAGGCAGACACAGCAGGCACGUUUUCCGGCUCGUUUAUUCUAAAAAAGGAUGCGGGUUAUAACCAAGUGCACUCAGGGAGUCUGAUGACCCAACCCCUUUUUUAGGACCCAAUUUGCAGGACUCAUACUAACUUCUACUAACCAGCAUGUAUUUAUUCAGAGAUAGUUUUUACACGGAGUGAAAUGAACAUGUUUUCACAGUUUGUGUUCUUGUAUUGUGAUAGGGCAGUGUUGCUUGUGUAUUUGAAUUUCGGUUCAUAUGAUUCAGCUCACCUCAUGGAGAUAGUCAUGCUGUAUCCGUUUGGGUUUUUAAGAGUUCUACAUAGUUGAACAUGUGCUUGAACAUGAAGGAAUGGAAAUCAUUCCUUCUCUAGGUUUUUCCUUCCUUCCAUCCUUCCUACCUUCCUUCCUUCCAUCUUUCCCUUCUUCCAUCCUCUUCUUGGGGGCUGAGCCAGGAGAUAUCAUUAGGAUCCUUUCUCCUCUUUCUUCUGUGGAUUUGGGAAAUCAGAAGUACAAAAAGAGCUGUU